AUGAGGAGAUAAAACCUCAAACAAGAUCUUUAUUCACAAAUCUCGACAAUUGGAUAGUCAUCCUCAUCAAAAAGAAGCAACUUAAAUAUUGAUGAUUUGAUUUAUUAGUUCAAAAUGAGAAAAUCAAAUUAGAAAUUAGCAAAACAAUACUCUGAAAUCAUUAAAAUAUUUGAUAACAAACAAUCACCAAAAUAACCUUUUGAAUAUUAAAGUGGCAAAUUACAUACUAAAGUUAGAUUAAGAACAGAUGAAUCUUAAGAACUACUAUAAUAUUAAGAAACAAAAUAAAGACUUUCACAUUAAAUAGAUAUUCAUCAAAUAAUAAAUGAGACAUCUCCAAUUAAAAUUACACCUAGACUUAAUUAUGAAAAUUUUAAGACAUUUUAAGAAACUGAAAGAAAAUCAUAUGAAUCAAAUAAUUAUAAUACACAUUUAGCUAAUUUUGGUCCUUUAUCUUCAAAUCAAUGUGAAACAGAUGAAGAAAUAUAAUAGAUUUCAUAAUAAAGUGUUUAAAAAUUAUCAAAAUUUAGAACUUUUGAAUAGGAGUAAUUUUAAAAAUGUUUUGUUUAAAUUAGUUCUUAAAUUGAAAAAAUUAAUAUAAAAUUCAAAAAGUAGGGAUUCUUAAUGAUUAAAUUAUUUUCUAAAUGGACUUUAAAAGAAAAGGCUACAAAAAUGUAUUUUAGAUUUUUUGAACAUAAAAUUUAAUCAUAUUUUGAUUUGUUUUAAAUUUAUGAACCAUCAAUAGAAGAAAAUAAUUAUGACAAUCAAAAUACAAAUUAAAGUAUAUUAUCAGAAAAUGUUUUGACUCCAAUUAAUUUGAACAUUUAAAAUUUUUAAAUCCCUACACUUAAACCUGUAACUUAAUUUGGUGCAAUAAAUGUAAUAUAUAUAAUUAUAAUUUAAUAUAGUUUGAGGAGUAUUUGAAAAAGAAGAAUCAGAAUAUUGAAUGA